AAGUGUGGGAGUCCGCGCAGCCCUGCCCCUGGAUCAGUCAGUGUUGAAGUGUGAGUGAUGAUGUGCUGUGGUGGUAGUUGUGGGCGGGGGGCCGCGUGACCAUGCGCGGUGUCACACCGCGGCAGUGUGUAGGGGGUGACUCGCAGGGCGGCCACGGGCACGGCUCGGGCAGCCCGCUCUGCCAACCAUGACCAUGCACGCCGCCAUCAUGCUCAGACUAGUGCUAGUGUUAGUGUUGCAGUGCCUAUUGACUAAUGGGCAAGGUCCAGGGCCUGGGCCUGGGUUACAAGGGGAAGUGGUAGAGGGGCAGGACAAAAUGCUAUCGCGCCCUGUGGAUAAGCGCGUCAAAUUUUCUGUGAUGGAGGGCCAGCCGGCCAACACCUUCGUGGGUGCCAUCCCCCGCGAGCCGAACUUCACGUACCGCUUCAACGAGGCGCCUCGGGAAUUCACCCUGAACGGCAGCAGCGGGGAGAUCCGCACCACGGGCGUGCUCGACCGAGAGGCGCUCGCCACGGACCGCUUCGACUUGGUGGUGCUCUCCUCGCAGCCCACCUACCCCAUCGAGGUGCGCAUCAACGUCAUCGACAUCAACGACAACUCUCCCCGGUUCCCGGAGCCGUCCAUCCACGUGACCUUCUCGGAGAGCGCCAACGCUGGCACGAGGGUCAUCCUCGAUACGGCCACGGACGGCGACGCCGGGGACAACGACAUCACCACCGACUACAAGAUCGUAGACGGCAACGACGACGGCAAAUUUAAACUGGACGUAACGAUAAAUCCUUCUGGAGAGACGCCAUACCUGCACCUGGAGACCACAGGCAAGCUGGACCGCGAGACGAGGGCGAGUUAUCAGCUCAAUAUAUCCGCCCAGGACGGUGGCUCUCCCCCGCGUUACGGAUUCCUGCUAGUCAACGUAUCCAUCCUGGAUGUGAACGACAACCCGCCCAUCUUCGACCACAGCGACUACAUCGUGUCGCUGAACGAGUCGGUGCCCCCAGGGACGUCGGUGCUUCAGGUCCAGGCUACAGACAAUGACAUCGGGGACAACGCUCGCCUCACCUACUACUUGGCAGAAACGGAAACUCAGUUCAGUGUGGAUCCAGAAACCGGAAUAAUCAGCACUGUCGAGCCCCUCAGCUGCCAUCAGAACUGCCAGCAGUCGCAGCCUUGUGCAAAGAGCUGCGUGUUUACAGUGUUUGCGCGAGAUCAUGGGUCGCCCUUACAGGAUGGCAGGACUUAUGUCACGGUGAACCUCUUGGAUGCCAACGACCACGACCCGGUAGUCAGCUUCAGAUACUUCCCUCCGACGGCGAACUUCGCAACCGUCGAUGAAAAUGCACAGAACGGGUCUGUGGUCGCCGCGGUCUCUGUGAUAGACGACGACGAAGGCUCAAACGGGCAGACAACCGUCGAGAUAAGAGCUGGCAAUGAACUCGGUCAUUUCAGAUUAGAUUCUAAGUCAGACUUCGACAUCGUGCGCGUCAACGGCGUCUUAGAUCGAGAGAAAAUCAGUAAAUACAAUGUGACCAUCGUAGCCACAGACAAAGGCACACCGCCAAGGUCAUCAACUGCGUUCCUGAUCAUCCAUGUCAACGACAUCAACGAUCAUGAGCCAGUGUUCGAGAAGAGUGAGUAUUCGGCCGUCCUCAGUGAACUCGUCCCUAUCGGCACCUACGUGGCUGGAAUCACUGCCAACGACGAAGACACAGGUGUGAACUCAAACAUUUAUUACGCCAUUAUUUCUGGGAACGAUAAUCAGUGGUUCGACAUCGACCUGCAGAGCGGCCUCAUCACUACCAAAGCGCCUCUCGAUCGUGAAGUACAGGACUCUAUCGACCUAAAAAUUACUGCUCGUGAUGGCGGACCAAACCCGAAACGAGCUUACACGCACCUGAAGAUCUCUAUUCUGGACGAAAAUGACGAAAAACCCACCUUCGCCCAGACCGUCAUCAACGUCAGCUUAUCGGAGAAUACUCCACCUGACACUCUGGUAGCCAUGGUGUCAGCAGUGGACCACGACCAAGGCACGAACGGUAGCGUAUCCUACAUGUUCGACCAGGACGUGGAACACAUGUAUCCAGGGAUAUUCGCCCUUGAUGUAUCCUCAGGCCGACUUACAACCAUGACGAAAUUAGACCGAGAAGCAAUGCCUGAAUACGAAAUCAAAGUCGUAGCGAAAGACCAGGGAAUACCCCCGCUCUCGUCGACGGCCACGGUUAUUCUGAGUGUCCAGGAUGUGAAUGAUAACAGCCCGGAGUUCUAUCCUCAGCAGUACUUCGUCGUAGUCCCCGAAGACCUGCCUUUAGGGUCAUCUGUGAUAAAGGUUUCUGCGACUGACAAGGAUGUUGGGGAGAACGCUGUAACGACUUACGAACUCAAUGCUGGUGAUGAUAACGAUAAUGAGUUUGAAAUAGACCCCGAGACCGGUAUCAUUCGUCUAAGUGGGAGGCUCAGUCAUAUCAGGAAGGCUCAGUAUCGGUUGACAGUAGCUGCAAGAGACAAGAGUGAUCGUAAGGCUGUUGAGGAUGCUACUGUGGACAUUGUAGUAGAAAGUAAUCAGAUUGAACUACUAGAAUUUGAGGAGAGUAACGGGUAUACUUUCUCUCUAGUCGAAGAUGAAGCAAAGAAAGAACCCACAGUGGGAAGAGAAGUGGGAACUGUGGGCGUAGUGAACCCUAGCUCUGUAGGAGAGGUCAGCUAUGCCAUCGUCGCCGGGGACCCCGAUAAGGUGUUCUCCAUUGACGAGAAGACUGGCGUGAUAAAAACCACGAAGAGAAUAGACCGGGAACAGGCAGCGAGCUACCAACUCCGCACUGUGGCCACCACGACGUCUGCAUAUGGGAGGACCUGGGUCAACAUUACGGUGGACGACGUCAAUGAUAAUCCUCCCAAAUUUCCCAUCACACGAGCUCAUGCUACCGUCGCAGAAAACUGGCCUGUGGGGCACCAGGUCUAUCUUGCCCGGGCGUAUGAUAACGACGAUGGCGUCAACAGCAAGAUCACUUACAGCUUGUCUAACAAUCCCGACGACUAUUUCACCAUUUCCAGGUCGAGUGGCAUGAUCUUCCUGAAGAAACCCGUGAAAUAUAGCAAAAGUAACAGUUUCAGGCUUGAAGUAGCUGCCACAGAUUCCGGAUCGCCGCCUUUAUCCUCUCGCCAGGUUGUCAUCAUCACAGUGGAAGACGUGAACGACCACACGCCCAUCUUCGAACACGGGUCGUACGAGACGUCGCUCCUGGAGUCUACACCUGUCAACGACAGGUUCUUUGCUCUGACUGCAUCCGACGAGGACGACGGUCUGAAUGGCUUCGUGUCGUAUGAUAUCACCGAAGGCAACGAGGAGCGGAAAUUCGGCAUUUUCCCCGAUGGUUAUUUGUAUGUGAAGAGCGCUCUAGACCGCGAGGCACAGGAUUACUUCGCUCUGACGAUCGUGGCCAGGGACCAUGGCACCCCGCCCAGGUCCUCCACGGUGUCAGUCGUCAUACAUGUCAUCGACGAGAACGACAACUCCCCCAUGUUUACCAACUCGACCUUCACCUUCUACCUCGCCGAGAACGAACCGCCAGACACCUACGUCGGGAAACUAACAGCAGCUGACAGAGACAAAGGAAGAAACGCUGAGCUCACCUACUCAAUAGCUACAAAUCAAAAGGACUUUGUAGUAGAUCCCAAAAGUGGUUUUCUGAAAACGCUGCACUACUUUGACCGCGAACAACUUGUCAAAGAAACUGGCCUGGAUUACAUAUCAAUGGAGGCAGUAGUUCUCGAUAACGGUAUCACGCGUCUGAGAGAUAAAGCAAAAGUAAAUAUCUAUAUCACAGACGUCAAUGACAACCCGCCGAAGUUCAUGAGGAAGCCGUACAGAGCGCAGGUACCUGAAGAAGCUCCCAUCAGCACAAACAUCAUCCGAAUAUCGGCCUCAGAUGCCGACGAGGGGCUGAACGGGGAUGUCUUUUACACAAUCGUAGAUGGCAACGAAGACGGGCGCUUCAAGGUGGAUGAAACAACAGGGCAGGUGACACUGGCCCGGCCGCUGGAUCGUGAGACAACACCCAAGUAUCUACUGACGGUGGCGGCAGCUGACCUGGGGAACCCUUUCGGCCUCACCGCCACUGCCACGCUCACGGUGGACGUCCUGGACGCGAACGACAAUGCUCCCGAGUUCACACAGAGCGAGUCUGAGAUCUUCAUUGUGGAAACAACAGAGGUCAACACUGUCCUUGUUCAGUUCCAGGCCACAGAUGCAGAUCUGGGGGUAAAUAAGGAAGUGUCAUUCAUGAUCGGAGGCGGUAACAUGCAGGAGGCUUUCCGCAUCGACACCAAGACGGGAACCCUGUACCUGGAACGUCCUUUAGACUUCGAAGAGCAGAGUCUGUACCGUCUGAACAUCACUGCUGCAGAUGGCGGCUCUCCUCGUCUGACGUCGACCAUCUCGUUCGUAGUGCACGUGCAGGACUACAAUGACAACCCGCCGGCCUUCCCGAACACUGCUAUAUGGCGAAGGAUCGACGAGAACAUCAGACCGAAGUCUCACGUCGUCACCGUCACCGCCGAGGAUCCCGAUUCCGGGGAGAACGGCAAGAUCAAGUACACCAUCAAGAGUCAAGAGCCUCCCGGAAAGCACUUUGCCAUCGACGAGAAUACGGGCGAGGUUUCUACACUUGAAAGCAUAGACCGCGAAUUUUCAGACACUUUCCGGUUGACCGUGGUUGCCACAGAUCAAGCAGAACCCAAAUCAGCGCGUCUUCAGGCAGAGAAGCUCGUCACCGUGAUCGUGGAGGACAUCAACGACAACGCGCCACAGUUCGUCUCCAUGAACGCUGGAAUACUGCAUGAGAACUCUCCUGUAGGCACCGAAAUCAUGCGCGUGUCAGCCCGCGAUCUCGAUGCCAACCCCAACGGCUUGGUGACCUACGAAAUGGUGGCCGGGAAUAAGGAUAUAUUCCGCCUCGACCGCGUGACAGGGGCUUUGAAGCUGAUACGAGAAGUGACCUCCCCCGCGAUCAUGUACUCUGUCACUGUUCGCGCUACAGACGAGGCCGUCCAGUCCCAACGAAGGUCCUCCGACGCCUACCUGACGAUCCUCAGCAUGUCGUCACAAGAGGGACCCAAAUUCCUGAAGAACUCCUACUCGGGAUCAGUCCUGGAGAGCUCAAACAUUGACACUUCGGUCGCGACAGUGAGUGCCCGCCUCAGCUCCAAUGCCCUGGCGGAUAUUGCCUAUUACGUGGUGAACGUGACGGCUGAGGACGGCCGGCCCAUGGAUCGCAUGUUCGCCGUCCAGCAGCAGGGCAAGGUAGUCACCGCCGCCGUCCUCGACCGCGAGAAUGGCCCCGAGAACUACCUCGUGACCGUAGCCGCCGUGGUCACUCAGGGGGGCACUCCCAAGCUCUCCACUACUCAGGUCCAAGUGACAGUCCUCGACAAGAACGACUCGCCUCCCUCCUUCGGCGAGUCCCCUCUGCGCUUCACCGUGUCCGAAGACAUGCUCGCCGGCCGCCAGAUCGCCAUCCUUGGGGCCACUGAUCCAGACACCCUCGGCACUCUCACCUACUCCUUGGUGGACGGCGACGACAACAAGUUCACCCUCGACGCCUCCACGGGACAACUCAGCCUCCAGGACACCCUCGACAGGGAGACCAAGAGCGAGUACCAGCUCACCGUCCGCGCCGACGACGGGGAGCAGUACACGGACACCACCAUCUACAUAGGGGUCACAGACACGAACGACAACCCGCCUGUGUUCCACGAGCCUGCUUACUCCUUCGACAUUCCCGAAGACGCUCACCGAGGCUCCAAGGUGGGGCAGGUGACGGCUUGGGACGCGGACGAAGGCACCAACGGCCAGGUCUCCUACACCGUCAUCUCCGACUGGGGGAACGACGUCUUCUCCCUUAACCCUCAGACGGGCGUCUUCACUCUCACCUCGAGGCUCGACUAUGAACAGGUGCAACACUACAUCCUGGUGGUGCAAGCGCAGGACACAGGCCGGCCUUCGCUCUCGUCCACCGUCACCGUCUACUUCAACGUGCAGGACCUCAACGACAACGCCCCGAUCUUCGACCCCAUGAGCUACUCGGACGAAAUCUACGAGAACAUCACCGUCGGGUCUUCAGUGCUCUCAGUGUCCGCUACGGAUCAGGACUCCGGGCUGAACGGGCGCCUAGUCUACAGCAUCUCAGGAGGAGACGAGAAGGACCAGUUCAGCAUCAGCUCCAACGGCACCAUCUUCACGAAGGCGCCCCUGGAUCGCGAAGACCAGAGCUUCUACAACCUAGUGGUGCGAGCUUCCGACAUGGCCAUACCGCUGUCUGUCCGCUUGUCCUCCACUGUGCAGGUGACGAUCAUCCUGCGGGACGUGAACGACAUGGCGCCUGAGUUCGUGACGCCCAACGAGACGGUGGUGCCCGAGAACACGCCCGUCAACACCGUGGUCAUGGCCGUCAAGGCGGUGGACCGCGACGAGGGUCGGAACUCCUACAUCGAGUACUCGCUGGCGCCGGUGCCCGGCAACCGCUUCGCGCUCGGGCCCGUGGACGGCCUCCUGCGGAUCGCCGCGUCGCUGGACCGGGAGGACCGGGCCAACUACUCGCUGGUGGUCACGGCGAGGGACCGCGGCAACCCGCCCAACGCCCACACCCUCACCAUCAGCCUGCGGGUGGCCGACGAGAACGACAACUCGCCCAUCUUCGACCCGAAGCAGUACUCGGCCAGCGUCCCCGAGAACGCCUCCAUCGGCCUGUCGGUGCUGCAGGUGUCCGCCACCGACGCCGACGAGGGCCUCAACGGCCGCGUGCGCUACACCAUCGUCGCCGGGGACAAGAACCGCGACUUCUCCAUCAGCGAGGACACGGGCGUCAUCCGCGUGGCCAAGAACCUCAACUACGAGCGUCGCAACCACUACCUGCUGACGGUGCAGGCGGAGGACUCGGGCGCCGACGUGCGCUACGACUCCGCCACCGUCACCAUCUCCAUCAUGGAUAUCAACGACAACGCGCCCGUGUUCCUCGACUCACCCUACCUCGUCUACGUCAUGGAGAACAUGGCCGUGCUGCCGGCGCCCAUCGCCACCGUCACCGCCUUCGACGCCGACAACCCGCCCUACAACCGCGUCAACUACCUGGUGAAGGAGGGCGACAAGUCCGUGUUCUCCGUGAAUGCCAGCUCGGGCAAGAUCAACCUCCUGCGCGCCCUGGACCGCGAGGAGCGGGACUACUACACCCUCACGGUCGUCGCCAUGGAUACCGGAACCCCGCGCCUCACGGGAACAGGAACGAUCUCGGUGCUCGUGCAGGAUGAGAACGACCACGCCCCGAUGUUCCCGAAGGACGAGUAUGAGGCCUCCGUCAGCGAGACCGUGGAUCCCGACACGCAGGUCAUCGCCGUCACCGCCACCGACAGCGACGCCGGAGACAAUGCUAAGAUCAGGUACUCGCUGCUCGAGGGCGCUUCCGGCGUGUUCAUGGUCGAGGAGUGGACCGGCAUCAUCCGCACGGUGGCCCACCUGGACCGCGAGCGAGUGGCACAGUAUUCCCUGAUCCUCCAGGCCCACGACUCCUCGCUCACCGAGCCGCGCUCCGCCACCACACAGGUGACAGUGACAGUGACAGACGAGAACGACAACGCGCCGGCCUUCUCGCAGGAGCAGUACCUCAUCCACGCCCGCGCGUUCUGUCGCUUCUGCAGGUACUCGCUGCUCGAGGGCGCUUCCGGCGUGUUCAUGGUCGAGGAGUGGACCGGCAUCAUCCGCACGGUGGCCCACCUGGACCGCGAGCGAGUGGCACAGUAUUCCCUGAUCCUCCAGGCCCACGACUCCUCGCUCACCGAGCCGCGCUCCGCCACCACACAGGUGACAGUGACAGUGACAGACGAGAAUGACAACGCGCCGGCCUUCUCGCAGGAGCAGUACCUCAUCCACGUCCCCGACCCCACCGCCCCAGGCGACUUCGUGUUCGGAGGCGAGGCGAGGGAUCCUGACGAAGGCGUCAACGGGCGGGUCACGUACUACCUGUCGGGCAACGAUGCCGACAAGUUCUACAUGAACCAGGAGACGGGCGUGAUCAAGGCCUCGACGGGGCUCGUGGGAGACACGACCUACGAGCUCGAGGUCCUGGCGACGGACUCUGGCGAGACGCCCCUAUCCGCCACGGCCCGGCUGGUGGUGCAGCUGCAGCCCAACAACAUGUUCCCUGAGUUCCAGCCGCUCGAGAAGACCUUCAGCUUCAGCGAGGCUGCGCGAGGAGACCUCGUCACGACCCUGACCGCCACGUCGCCGAAGGCCGGACCCACUGGCGCUGUCACCUUCAGCAUCGCCGGCGGGAACGUCGGCCAGGCCUUCACGGUGGACAAGAAGACGGGCGAAUUGCGAAUCUCGCAGUUCGGAUUGGAUUACGAGACGGCGCCGAGGUACGAGGUGUGGGUCGCGGCGAAGGACGCCGACGACCCGCCUCUCACCUCCGUCACGCACCUGGUCGUCAAUGUGACCGAUUUCAACGACAACGCUCCUGUGUUCUCGCAGGCGGUGUACAAUGCCAGCAUCCAGGAGGCGCAGUACCCGCCGCAGCUGGUAGCCACCGUCAGCGCCACGGACCGCGACUCCGGCACCAACGCCAACGUCAUCUACCAGCUGAGACAGGACUCGCCCGCGGCGGAGGCCUUCACGCUCGACGCGGAGACGGGUCAGAUCUACACCAAGAUCCAGCUGGACCGCGAGGAAGUGGAGGUGUACACACUGACGGUGGAGGCGGUGGACAAGGGCACGCCGGCGCAGACAGGCACGGCCAUGGUGGUGGUUACGGUGCAGGACAAGAACGACAACCCUCCGAGGUUCACGAGGCUGUUCAGCGUCAACGUCACGGAGAACGCCGAAGUCGGAACGUUCGUCAUCCAGGUGACCUCCAGUGACCGCGACAUCGGCCAGAACGCCAACGCGACCUACAGCUUCACGGAGAACCCCGGAGGAAAAUUCUACAUCGAUCCAGUGAGCGGGAAUGUGACCGUAGCCAGCGCCAUUGACCGCGAACUCAAUGAUGAGUACCUCCUGAAGGUAUCUGCCGUGGACGGCUCGUGGCGCGCCGAGACGCCCCUCACCAUCACCGUGCAGGAUGAGAACGACAACGCCCCAGAGUUCGAACAGAGCCAUUAUGUAUUCAACUUCCCGGAGUUGCAGCGCAGCGUGGCGUUCGUCGGGCAAGUCACAGCAACGGAUCGGGACAAGCAAGGGCCGAACAGCGUUAUAUCAUACUCGCUAAAAUUCCCGUCGGAUUUCUUCAGCGUGGAUCCCUCUAGCGGCGAAAUACUGUCGAAGCAAGCGCUCCAGUACAAGCACACUCUGAAGGGGCCGUCGCCGGAGAACCAGUAUCAACUGGUAGUAGUUGCUACCGACAACGGGAAGCCGCCCAUGUCGUCGGAGAGCUCCGUCGUCAUCAACGUGGUGGACGCCAACAACAACGCUCCCAUUUUCUCCCAAGACCACUACUUCACGCCCGUUCCCGAAAGCUCCACCGUCGGCAUGUCCAUCAUCCAGAUCAUGGCCGUCGAUAACCGCGACUUCGGCAUCAACGCCGAGAUCGAGUAUCAGAAGGUGGGCGGUAACGGCACCGACUACUUCAUGCUGGAGCCGAACACGGGCUGGAUCACGGUGGCCAGGAGCCUCCAGGACCGCGUCGACGCCCAGUUCAUGCUGCUCAUCCAAGCUGUGGACCGCGGCGUUCCUCCGGAGAGCGACAACGUUCUGGUGACACUGGUGGUGACAGGAGAGAACAAGCACACGCCGGAGUUCACAGCCGUUAGUUACCAGGUGAUUGUCCCCGAGAACGAGCCCCUCGGAUCGACCAUAGGCACGCUGACGGCGACGGACAGCGACAAGGGCCCCAACGGCCUCGUGCGUUACUCCAUCACGAGCGGCAAUGAGGCUGGCAAGUUUGCGAUCGACGAGAGCAGCGGGGAUGUGACUAUCACGCACCCGCUGGAUUACGACGCCGUGCAAGAGUAUCGGCUCAAUAUCACAGCUCACGACCUCGCGUUCGAACCCCUCCAGUCCACAGCUGUGCUUACUGUCAUACUUACAGACAUCAAUGACAACCCGCCAAGGUUCAGCGAAAAGCAAUACGAUGCUUACAUCGCUGAGAACGCUGCAGCUGGGACUACUGUGUUCAAGCUCAACGCUACCGACAUCGACUCCGCCCGCAAUGCUGUCAUUGAGUACACGUUGGUGGGCGGCGACGGCAAGGAGUUCUUCGCAGUAGACCCCGAGACGGGAGUGAUCACGUCACGGAGAGUGUUCGACUACGAGGAGAAGAGUAGCUACGUGCUGGAUGUAAGGGCUGCCAACAACCCCGACAAGUCUCAGUGGGGCUCGGCCGAGGUGGUGAUCCACGUCACUGGCCGAAACGAAUUCUUCCCGCGCUUCAUCCAGCCGGUCUUCCAGUUCACCGUCUCAGAAUCAGCGAGAAUCGGAACGUCUGUCGGCGCCAUCCAGGCCACAGACGAGGACAAGGGCGAGGACGGUCUCGUAUACUACCUACUGGUGGGCGCGAGCAACGACCGCGGGUUCCUCAUCCAGCCGACCACCGGCGUCAUCACGGUAGCCCGCAGCCUCGACCGUGAGAGUCAGAACAGAGUGGUUCUGACUGUCAUGGCGAAGAACGCCGGCAGCAUCCGCGGCAACGACACUGACGAAGCGCAGAUUAUCAUUGCCAUUCAGGAUGGUAACGAUCCCCCAGUGUUCUCUCAGCCACUGUAUGAAACUAGGCUCUCUGAGGGAGCGCUUGUCGGUACGCUAGUCGUCAAUGUCACGGCUGUGGAUUCCGACGUCCGUCCGAAAAACAAUCAGUUCACUUACUCCAUCAUCGGAGGCAACCUGGGCCAGGUGUUCAAGGUGGAUCCUCAGAGCGGCGUGAUUGAGACUACAGCGCAGCUGGACCGAGAAACUAUUCAGGUCUAUAACCUGACGGUCGGGGCCAUUGACAAUGGCACGCCUCCUCAGACCGGCACGACCCUCGUGCGGGUCAUUCUCGAUGAUGUGAACGAUAAUGGACCUCAGUUCGAUCCUCCAGACAUCGUAGGUUACGUGUCUGAGCACGAGCCUGCCAUGACCUCUGUGAUGACCCUAAGUGCAACCGACCCAGAUCUGGCUCCCAACACCCACCCAUUCACUUAUUACAUCGUCGGCGGUGAACACCCUGAGUUCUUCACCGUGGACCAGACCACAGGCGAGGUCAAGACAACGCGCAACAUUGAUCGAGAGACCACGAAGGAGCUCAAAUUCCUCAUCGAGGUCGAGGACAGUGGCAAACCCAAGAUGAAAUCCGAAUAUCCUGUCACCAUCAUCGUCCUUGACAAGAAUGACUGGGCUUCCACGCCGAGGACCGUGACGGUGAAGGUACAGACUUUCCGUGGCGUGUUCCCUGGAGGCAAAGUGGCCGAUGUUCACCCCAACGACGCCGACACAGCCGGGCAGUACUCCUGCAGGAUACUAACGCAGGAUGCAGCUAUUUUCUCCAUCCCCAAUGCAUGCAACCUGCACGCGGCCCGCGUCACACACGACCGCACUUACACCUUCGGGGUUUUAGGUAAUGACGGCAUCCAUCCCGACGUCACUUCGAAGGUAACCGUAGAGUUCGAGUCCUUUGACAACGCCACGCUCAGCAACAGCCUGACUCUACGUCUUCUGAAUGUCACCGCGGAUCGCUUCCUCACCCUGUACUACAAGCCCUUCAUCACCAAGCUGGUGCCGAUGUUCUCGGGCGGCACCGUCAGGAUCUACUCCAUGCUCAAUGUCGAGUCCCACACCGACCUGACCCUGACCGUGGCCGACGCCGAAUCGGGCUCCUUCCUCUCGCCGGCCGACGUCACGCGGAAGCUGGCGGCGGAGGAGCCAGUGCUGACCAAGUCGCUGCAGGGCCUGCAGCUUAUCAUCGACUACAACCCCUGCAGCGACACGCCCUGCGAGAACGGGGGCGAGUGCUCGCACGGCAUCCACGCCUACGACGAGACGGAGAUCACCGACUCGCCCGACUUCAUCUUCACGUCACCGCUCAUCCGCCACGACGUAUCGUGCAGGUGUCGCCAGGGCUUCACGGGAUCCAGAUGUGAGCUUCGGCAGGACCCCUGUUCGCCCAACCCCUGUCAGUACGGAGGAACUUGCGCCAGGAAAGGGUUCGUCUUCGUGUGCUCGUGCCCCCCAUCGCGCCAGGGACGCCAGUGUGAGGUUGACAAGACCAACGCCUGCGAUGACAACCCUUGUCGCAACGGCGGCUCCUGCCAGGCCACCUUCGAGGGCGGUUUCUUCUGCCUAUGCCGCCCCGGCUACCGCGGCAACCAGUGCGAGCUGGCCAGCGAGUCCUGCCGCCCCAACCCCUGCCUCAACGGCGGCUCGUGCAUCUCGCUCAAGCCCAGCUACAGGUGCUCGUGCAAGAUCAACUUCUACGGCACGCACUGCGAGAAGUCCACCUUCAGCUUCAGCGAGCUCUCCUACAUGACCUUCCCGACGCUGGACUCCACCACCAAUGACAUCUCCAUCACCUUUUCCACCAACAAGCCGGACGCCCUCCUCGUGUACAACUACGGCCUGCAAUCGGGCGGACGCUCCGACUUCGUGGCCAUCGAGCUGAAGGGCGGCCAGCCGCGCUUCAGCUUCGGCGGCGCCCGCACGGCCAUCACUCGCAUCGACGUGAGUCGGAACGUCGCCGACGGGAAGUGGUAUAAGGUGACGGCGACUCGCAACGGCCGCGUCAUCUCCCUCAGCGUGGCCACCUGCACGAGCAACGGCGAGGCGUGCGACGAGUGCCGCCCCGUCGACCCGAACUGCUACAGCGACGACACAGGGCCCACCGGGACGCUGAACUUCAACAACGAGCCGAUGUACCUGGGCGGCGUGAUGACUGUGGACCCCCUGCAGGAGCGGCCGCAGCAGGUGUUCGCCGACGACUUCAUCGGCUGCAUCCAGGCGGUGUCCAUCAACGGCCGGCCUCUCAACCUCUCCGGCCCGAUCCAGGCUCGCGGAAUCUCGGACACGUGCGAGCGCGUGGCGGACGUGUGCGCGGGCAACCCGUGCGGCGAGGGCGCCACGUGCCUGGACCGCUGGUCAACCCACAUGUGCCGCUGCGCCAACGGCCUCGUGGCGCCAGACUGUGACUCCGCCCUGCGUCCCGCCUCCUUCACGCGCGGUGCCUACGUGGAAUUCCUGAUCCGGCAGCAGCACCGACGCCGCCAGCUGCUGCCGCACCUGUACCAGCAGCACUCGCGGUGGGCGCGCGAGGCCAACACGUACCACGCCCGCCCACGGCUCCCUCGGCAGCUCAAGCCGCCGCCGCCCAAGAGCCUGUCCUUCAAGUUCCGCACCCUGAUGGAGAACGGCGUGCUGCUCCACAGCGCCACCAACAACGACUACACGCUGGUGGAGAUCCGCGGCGGCAGCCUGCAGUACACCUCGAAGCAGGGCGCCAACCAUCCCAUCAACAUGACGGUGCCGGACCUGAGCGUGAACGACGGCGUGUGGCACAACCUGACGCUGCUGGCGGCCGAGUCAGCGCUCAGACUGCUGUUCGACGACAACCCGGUGGGCGACGAGCUCGACCAGGGCUUCGUGCACGACUUCCUCGACGCCUACCUCACCUCGCUCACGCUGGGCGCCGCCCCGAGGUUCUCCGACGAGCUGCCCUACACGCCCGAAGGGUUCGUCGGGUGUAUGUCGACCUUCAGCGUGGACGGGGAGGUGCAGCCGCUCAACUCCACGGGCUCCCUGCUGGAGGCGGUGGCCCGCGGUGUGGCUCUCGUGCAGGACUGCACCGGCGCAGACCUAGGCACAACAGCCUCCACGGACCCCCUCUCCAUCGGCAUAACACUCGUCAUCGUGUUCUUCGUGCUGCUGCUGGUCGCCAUCCUCGUCUCCUUCAUCGUGUACCGCGUGCGGCGGCAGCGGCGAGAGAAGGGCGGCGUCCACGUCAAGCAGAACGGCUCGGCCCUGCUGGCCAACACCUCCUCGGACUCCGGUCGGUCGCCGCAGGACUCGGGCUACGUGGAAAGCGCCGAGAUGACGGACGACGUGCUUCGGUCCCACCUCACGCAGGAGAUGGCCACCAAGAAGUACAAGGAGCGCGACCACGAGCGGCCGCAGCGCCCGGACAUUAUCGAGCGCGAAGUGAUGAACAAAUCCCCGGGCGUGCCCCUUCGCGUGGACGAGUCGCAGCUCCAGGACCGCGACGCCAUGGCGGGCAUGGGCCACAUUCCCGACUCCGAGGCGCCAGAGCACUACGACCUGGAGAACGCCUCGUCCAUCGCGCCCUCGGACAUCGACAUCGUCUACCACUACAAGGGCUACAGGGACGGCAACGUACGCAAGUACAAGACCAACCCGCAUGUGCCGGGCUACCACAAGCACAACCACCGCCACUCGCCGCACAACUUCCCCAACACGCCGCACCGCGAGAGUCCUCGCAACCUCAUGCGGCAGAGUCCGAAUCCCGUUGCGCCCCGAGAGUCGCCCUCCGUGCUCAAGAUGCAGUCCACGCCCCUCGCGCGCCUCUCACCGUCCUCGGAGCUGUCGCAGCAGACUCCGCGAAUCCUCACGCUGCAGGACAUCAGCGGCAAGCCCCUGCAGACGGCGCUGCUGGCCACCUCGCAGGGACCGGGCGUGAAGGACGUCAUGUCGACCAGCGAGCGCUCCCUCAACUCGCCUGUGUCGCACUUGUCGCAGUCGUCCGGGUCGAUGCACGCGUCGUCCCAGUCGACCAAGAAGAAGAAGCACGACAGCAGCGUGAGCCUGGGCCUCACGGCGGAGGAGAUCGAGCGCCUCAACACCCGGCCUCGAAACUCCUCGCUGGUCUCUACUCUUGACGCUGUCUCCUCCUCUAGCGAGGACAAUCAGCGCAAGGACAAGCUUGCAGAGCUCCUAGAGACGAACACGGAGCUCCUGGAACCUCCAGAUUCUUCCACGGACGAGUCUGGGAAUGACUCGUUCACCUGCUCGGAGUUCGAGUACGAGAACAACUAUGAGAAGGUGACGCGAGACUUCGGGCCGGGCAACAUGAUUUUCAGCAAGCUCGCGGAAGUAGACAACGAGAACGAGCAUGAUAACGAGUCUGCUAAAAAUUACGACGGCUUUGAUUCUUUUCGCGGCUCGCUCAGCACCCUGGUGGCAUCAGACGACGACCUGAGCAACAUGAGCUCGUACAAGCCACCCAACGGGUCCACGUUCGGCUGGGACUACCUGCUCAACUGGGGCCCCAACUUCGAGAGCCUAGUUGGCGUGUUCAAGGACAUCGCCGAACUACCGGACAAUACCACCAACGGCCGAGUGAGCGCUCGGGGCACCCCCAAACCCAACGAGGAAUACGUAUAGCGGCAGCUACCGCUGAGCGAGGACGAUAUUUAGCAGCCGCCAAAGCCUAUAACUUAUAGGGUGUAAGGAAUUCAGCAGGUCUGCGCCCGUGACCCGUGCUCAGUCGCAAUAUUUGUGGCGCGGCUCCAACGCCCACCGUGGAGGGCGAGGGCCGAGAACACGGGAUGGAGCGAGACCGGGAGGCCAGAAGGGCGGAGUCUCCUGCAGGAGCGAGUGCCCGCAUGCGCCUCCCAACCUGUGACUCUGGCAUUAUGUCUCGUGACGGUGGACUCAAAUUACGCUUCUAGUUUCUACAUGUGUGACUCGACCACUGUGAGAUGUCAUUGCCGAGGACGCUAUAUACUUUAAUCAUUUUAUUUCAUUUUUUAUAUUUCUGCUCCGGCUAUCGUUUUUUCAUAUAGUAAAGCGAAGGAAAAUUGAAGAAAGAGACAUGUGGACCGAUAAACGCGGUUGAAGUGACUAUACCUUCUGUUCCAAGAGCCAAUAGUUGAAGCGUGUGACACUGUGACAAGUGGAUUGGUCAGUGGCAGAAUCCAAGAACCGAGUUACUCAUUAUUUCAUUUCGCUAAUUAAGCAUCACAUGUUUCCCCCGUGGCCAAAAUGCUAACGAAGUGCCCAACUUAAGUGUCUGACCUGAUACUCGAGUUCAAGUUGCCAAAAAACUGUUUUUUAUUAAUCAUGAUUGUUUGAUAUCAUUUAUUUCGUGUCUCUUCCUUAGGCGUAUUAUAGAUGUGAGUUUAUGGUUUCGAGUUGCCAAAUGUAGAAUGUGCCUAUAAGUGCUUCUCCGAUGUUUGUUUUUACUGUUUGUUUCUCGGCAGCACUUGGAAAUAUUGUGAAUUCUCAGAGGCCAAACCCAUUUAUUUACAUAUUUCUCAGUUUAAGAUGACCCAUUUUUUUUUUUUCCUCUUUUUUUGUUUUGUUCUAUUCACUCUACAUUAUCACCGUGCAUUUACGAAUCAUUUUGUUAUUAUUGUUUAUUUCUCUGUCAAUCUGUGUGUUCGUUACUACAGUUGCUAUAUAAGGUCAGGUCGUUUUCCCUCACGACGCAGCUGAACCGAUGGUGCCUUUCCAAUUGCCAUAAUCAAAGAGAGGGGCCAGAUGAAGGUGGUGUUGACGGGCGAAGGAGGGUUUGCCGUGUGAUGCAACCGAGAGCAAGCUGGCGGGGCUUUGACUCUGUUUACUGAUGACUUGAGUUGAUGAAUUGGUUAUGUUUUGUUAUUUUUGCGUUUGUUUUAUUUCAUUGAUGUAGUUGUUUUUGUUUUUGGUUUUAGAUUUUGUUUCGAAAAGAUUGUAGGGACUAUAUGUGUUUUGUAUAUUUUCAUAAUAUCUGUACCAUUGUCAUUAUCAUAAUUGUUACUAUUAGGGUUAACUAUUACUAUUUUGAUGAAUGUCAUUAUCACUCUUGUCAUAUUUUUUUUUACUUAAUUAUUGUAGAUUACUAUGAUUAUUAUUAUCACUAUGGUAUUUUUUAAUAUAUUUUUACCAGUGUUUAGACGUGUCCCCCCCACGCCCUUCUUCGCCUGCACCUGGCUGUCGGUCCCUGGGUUUUGCAGCAUUUUUUUUAAAUGAUAUAAAAAAAAAGCUUUUGUAGUAUUUAUUCCUUUUCUGUAUCAGGUGUCUAGAAUUCCUAAUAUUGAAAGGGAUUGUUUUUUUUUAUCUAAAUAUAAAUGAAACCUGUUGGCAUUAGAUAUUAAGAUAGUUUCCCAUAGAAAUCGUAUUUUCUCCAUUUUUUUUUUUUUUUUUACGUUCAGUGUUAAAUAUUUUGAAGAAAAUUCCUCAAAUCAACAAUUAAACGGAAAUCAUUACAGUUUCAAACCAAAAUAUACCAAAAAAACAAGGAAAAACAAAUCAUUUUUUUGGAUAAUCUGCAACGGACCCAUUUUUGUACUAUAAUAGGGUUAAUGCAAUGGCUCUUGUACAUUAUCAAACUCCUUGUAUAUAUAUUUUGACUACCUGUACAGCGAAUCGUUAAGUAAGUCAAGCCACGUCAUGUGUGCCAAAAUGUUAUUGUUUUUUUAUUGGUAUGAGUGACAUUGCGUGCGGUGUUGUUUAAGGCAACAUGUGAUUUAUGUAUAAAGUGAUAUUGUAAUAAACAAUUGUAAUGCGAA